UGCUGACUCAGGUUGUUGUGGAGGAAGUGACAAGAGACUGAAAAGAAAAAGAAAUAGGCCCUCUUCAAGUAAACCUACAGGGAUUCAUCUUGCUUAAUAAUUUAUCUUACUUUAGGAACACAAGUGGCUUACCUACUAGUAUUGAACGUAUAUAUUGCAUAUAAUUAAACAGAUGUGCGUUCUGACAGCAACGUUACCACAACACUAGCUAGCGAACGUUAGGUUGGGUGGUGGGGGGGGUGGGGGCAGACAGACAAAAUUGAAGUCGUCUGUUUUUCAUCUAGUAAGACGAAAGGCCCAUUUGGACAUUCUGUAAUAUUCCUUCCCUGUGUUUGGGUUGAUCAAGCUGUGGCACAAUGACAUCUAGGAAGAAAGUACUACUCAAAGUCAUCAUCCUGGGAGACUCUGGAGUUGGGAAGACGUCGCUGAUGAACCAGUAUGUGAAUAAGAAGUUCAGUAACCAGUACAAAGCCACAAUAGGAGCUGAUUUCCUAACGAAAGAAGUGAUGGUGGAUGACAGACUUGUCACCAUGCAGAUCUGGGACACUGCAGGGCAGGAGAGGUUCCAGUCUCUGGGUGUGGCGUUCUACCGCGGGGCAGACUGCUGUGUGCUGGUGUUUGACGUGACCGCCCCCAACACCUUUAAGACGCUAGACAGCUGGAGGGACGAGUUCCUUAUACAGGCCAGCCCCCGAGAUCCCGAGAACUUCCCCUUUGUGGUGCUAGGCAACAAGAUUGACUUGGAGAACAGACAGGUGACGACCAAACGAGCACAGGCGUGGUGUCAGAGCAAGAACAACAUCCCCUACUUCGAGACCAGCGCUAAGGAGGCCAUCAACGUUGAACAGGCUUUCCAGACUAUCGCACGCAAUGCUCUUAAACAGGAGACAGAGGUGGAGUUGUACAAUGAGUUUCCUGAACCGAUAAAGCUGGACAGGAACGAACGGGCCAAGCCAUCAGCGGAGGCCUGCAGCUGCUGAGGACCUAGGAGACCUACAGGGGACAACUGUUGGCCCUGCUACUCUGUCUUGCCUUGUCUACCCUUUAUCCCCCAUGCCCCUGUGUGCUCUCCUCUGCCCAAUAUCAGCCUUCGUAGAUGCAAGCAGAGUUCCGCUCGUAAAGUAUACUUUACACACACUGUACUCAUCCCUGUGUACACAUCACACAUUUACUCUCAAGGUGAGUCUCCAACCCCGAAGAACACCCAGAUGGAUAUUAGAGCAUUUAACAGCAUAUCUGCUUAUUAUUUCCCCUUAACCUGUCUCAAACACCAUUGUUUCCAUGGCACCAGCCCCAUAACAUUUUAUAAGGGGGGUUAGAUAUAGUUCACUCCCAAAGUUCCAGUGGUGAAGGAUCACAGAUUGAGUAAUUUAUAUCAAUGGUGUGUGGGGGUUAUACCAAUGUACUGCCUGAAGAAACAUGUUCAUUGGAUUGGAUGUAAACUAGCAAAUCCAACAUACAAGUGUGUUGAAGGCAUUGUUGUCAUGUAGGCUUAUUCAAACCCUAUUUGACACCUUAUUGUGGAGCCACAAUAAACACAUUUAUUUUUGAGCUCAAGGCAGAAGAGGCAAUAUGGAUUUUUAACUCUGCUCCCCAACUGCCCUACACAUUGUUUAUCAAUAGGGGAAAAGUCAAGCGGCAAAUUAUUUUGUCAACAUUGAGACCUGACACGGGGUAGAGAAUCAAACCAAGGGAGAUAGGUUUUUAAAGUAGACAUUUCUUUACAAUUAUUAGCUAGUACCUGUCUUUUUACACUGUCAACUAUUACAAACCUUUAAGGCAAAAAAAACAUGUCUUGUCAGUUUCUCGCUCUGCCGAUAGCUCAGGUUGGCAAAUUAUUUAAGUGCUUAAUUUUUAUUUUUUACUGAUCAGAUCUUGUCUGUUCGCAUAUUAUGUUUAGAAUUUGAAUUGCAUCAGAGGACACAUGGGGGAAAUGUGUUUUCAUUAACUUGAUUAAUGCUAUUAUAAAUGCACUUAAUCUA